AUGAACCCCGUUUACACGUUCCCGAUGAUGAUGAUGGUGUCACUACGGUGCUUAGGCCGGCCGACGAGGCGGCUUAUUUGGCCGUCAUUGUUUGUUGCUCUUGUGCUCUGUCUUGUGUUUGAUGCUGCGACGUCGUCGUUGCUUUCUCACGGGCCACACUUAGCCGACGUCAAUGUCUUGUUGCCGCCGAAGAUGACGUACCCGGUUGAAUACAGACUUCAGGGAACCGAUGGAUGCUUUGACUGGUCAUGGGAUCAUCAUGAUAUUUUGGCAGUUAUGCCCGAAUACAAUUCUAGCAGCCGAUGUAGCACAAGUGCCCGUUUAAAAUCCAUUGCUCCUUACUCUGGGCAAAAGGAAACAGCGGUUUAUGCGACUGAUCAGAACACCAGAAUGGUGAUUCGUUGCAAGGUUUACAUUGAUGUAUUCUCCAGAAUUCAAAUUUUUCAUAGUUCUGUAAAGCUUGACCUUGAUGGACUUGCCAGUCUUCGAGUCCGUGCCUUUGACAGUGAAGAAAAUGUUUUUUCCUCAUUGGUGGGGUUACAGUUUAUGUGGCAACUGAUGACUGAAACUGAAGGGUUACCCCAUCACCUCGUUCAUGUUCCUCUUAAGGACUCUCCUCAAAGUGAUUGUGGAGGAUUAUGCGGUGAUCUGGAUAUUCAAGUUAAACUAGAAGAAUGUGGUGCCUUUUCAGACCUAUACGUUGUGAAAGGCAUUGAAAUUGGGCACGAAAUUGUUUCUGUUCAUCUGAACGAGCCAUCACUUGAGGAGAUACAAGAUAAGGUCGUGUUGACUGUUGCAGAAGCCAUGUCUCUUGAGCCUCCAUCUCCUGUAUUUGUACUUGUUGGAGCUGUUGUUGAUUAUAAUCUCAAUGUCAUCCGUGGAGCUGUUUCUCAGGUGGUAUCUUUACCAUCUCCAUUUCAUUUGUGGUCUGCGUUUAACUCAUCAGUUGUUCAAGUGAACAGGACUCUUGGUAAAACUCAUGCCAUAAGUCUGGGGUCCACAACAAUCAUUGUUAAAGACACCAGAGUUGCUGAUCAUGUACAAACAUCGACCCUACAUGUUGUUUUGCCGGAUACAUUACUGCUUUACAUGUUACCUCUCUCCUCUUCUGGUAGUUGUAUUGAAGGAAUACCCUCUAUUCCAUCUAUGGCACGUUGGUACGUUGUCUCCGGCAGGAAAUACUUUCUUGAAGUUAAGGUGUUCUCACAAAGACCAGGGGCCGAAGAAAUUUAUAUUACUGAUAGCAAUGAUACUUUAAUUUUUGAUGAUGACCAGUCAGAACUUUGGAAUAUUCUCCCAGCUUCAAAUAACGUGGUUGCAAAGAAAAACACUAGAAUCCUAGAAGCCAAUUCGAAUGGUCUUGGGAAACUUAUGGCAAUAUUAACAUACAGCAAUGGACAUGACCUAAGAAAGGAGGUUAUUAAAGUUGUGCAAGAAGUUAUGGUUUGCGAUGAAGUGAAGUUCAUUGCGGGCCAAGGCAGAGGUGAUAUGAACAGAAUUCUCCUACCCUGGGCCCCUGGAGUAAAUCAAGAAAUGGAACUAAGAGUUGGUGGUGGUUGCGCUGUGGCUGCCAGUGAUUAUAAGUGGUUUUCCUCAGACAUGGCUGUCGUUACUGUAUCUGCUUCUGGAGUUUUACAGUCCAAAAAACCAGGCAAAGCUGCGAUAAAAGCAGUGUCUACUUAUGACUUGUUCAAUUUCGACGAGAUAGUUGUUGAAGUUUCCAUCCCUUCUUCUAUGAUUAUGCUUCAGAAUUUUCCUGUCGAGAUUCCGAGUGGUUCACAUAUUCAAGCUUCUGUAGCAUUACAAGCACCUGAUGGUUCCUUUUUUGACAGAUGUGAUGCUUUUGGCACUUCCAUUAAGUGGAAAAUUGAAAGUGACUCGUUUACCAUCAUCAAUUCGACUGGUAUGCCACUUGUUUUUGGUGAGUUCAAGUAUACAGAGCUUGAUGUGUAUGUUUCACCUCCUUGUGCAUGGACUUGUGUGCAUGCUUCUGUUGCUGGCCGGGCAAUGCUUCAUGCGACAUUAACUAACGAGUAUCAACAGAUUGACCAGUCUGUUGGUGGAUUGAUUGCUUUGAAAGCCUCCAUUUUAAUUGCCUCUUACAAUCCACUCAGUGUUCUUCAGGUAAGCGAUGGAAAUCAGUUUGGCGGUUACUGGUUCAACUUGGAUGAAGUUAAAGCUCCGAACAAGUUGGAGAAUUUGGAUUCUUUACACCUAGUACCUGGGACUCACUUUGAUGUUAUUCUUAAAGGAGGGCCAGAGCGGUGGGAUCAUGGAGUUGAAUAUAUUGAAAAUGUGGAAAUCUUAACUGAAAACGAUUCUUUCCUCAAUGUUGGGGUUGGGGGUCUAAUCCACCACCAAGAACAUGCCAAUUAUGGUAGAAUAUACAGAAUUCAGUGCGAGAAGUUGGGAAAUUCCAAACUGGCUUUCAAACGUGGAAAUUUAAUUGGUGACAACCAUCCUCUGCGUGCUGUUUCUGAAGUCCAAGUGUUGCUUAAAUGCAGCUUUCCAUCUUCUAUUGUUCUCCUAGCUGACGAAGUUGUAAAUUCACGUGAAUGUAUAGAAUCUGCAGCUCAAGCUGAUCGCAGUGAAGGAAGAAUACGUACAACUCCUAUUACUGUUGCCAAUGGUCGCACAAUUAGAUUAUCUGCGGCUGCCAUCAGUGAUGAUGGAAAAUCUUUUGGAAAUUCAUCCUCUCUUCAGUUAAAUUGGAACCUUGUAGAUUGUGAUGGAUUGGCAGUCUGGGAUCAUGCAUACACUUUGGUGGUAACGAAAUCCAGUUGGGAGAGAUAUUUGAUCUUGCAAAACUCAUCAGGACUCUGUACUGUCCGCGUUACUGUUACUGGAUUUGUGGAUUCUGUCAGCCAUCUUAGUUCUAUUGCACCGUUUGGUAGUCCAGGAAUUGUUCUCACUGAUGCGACGCACUUGUCAAUUAUUUCAUCAUUGAGUGUUCAUCCUGGAUACAGUUUGUUGUUCUUUAGUAACAAUGCCAUCUUGAAUCUUUCAAUUGUGGGUGGGAGCUGCUUUUUGGAGGCUUUGGUGAAUGAUAGCCAUAUCACAGAUGUCAUCCAACCACCACCAGAUUUGCAGUGUCGGCAGUUGAUGCUGGCUCCAAAAAGGUUAGGAACUGUGCUUGUGACGGUUCAUGAUAUUGGGCUUUCUCCUGCUGUGGCUGCGUCAUCUGUUGUCAAAGUUGCUGAUAUUGACUGGAUGAAGAUCACAUCCCAGGAAGAGAUAAGCAUUAUGCAAGGAAAUUUGUUAUCUGUUAGUUUUGUGGCUGGAACUGUCGAGGGGCAUGUUUUUGAUUAUUCUCAGUAUAUAUUCAUGAAGAUUUAUGUUCAUUUUGAGGAUGACAUUGUUGAGCUCAUCAAUGAUCAUCAACUUGAAGGCCAUAUUCACAAAUAUGUGCGAGCACCCAAUUUCACCAUACGAGGCACACACCUUGGAGUUACAACUCUCUAUCUUAGCGCCAGGCAGCACUCUGGACACGAGGUAGUGAGUCAAUCAAUGAAGCUGGAAGUAUAUUCCCCUCCAAGAUUACAUCCACAUGAGAUUUUUCUUGUACCUGGUGCUUCUUAUGUUCUCAGAGUUGAAGGGGGGCCAAAAUUGGGUGCCUUUGUUGAAUAUGCUAGCAUGGAUGAUGAAACUGCCAAAUUUGAGAAAUUUUUGGGGCAAGUAUUUGCAGUUUCACCUGGAAAUACGACCUUGGUGACCACCUUUUAUGGGAAAGAAGAUACGAUGAUUUGUCAGGCAUUUGGCAAAAUCAAAGUUGGUGUUCCUUCUGCUGCCCUCUUAUAUAGUCAAAGUGAGAAGCUUGCAGUGGGCCGCCAUAUGCCAAUUUUUCCUACUCUAUCAGAGGGAAACUUAUUUUCCUUUUACGAGCUUUGCAGCAAUUUCAAGUGGACUAUUGAAGACAAUGACGUGCUGACAUUUCAUGAGACACAUCAUCAUGCACAAGGUUUAGGAAGUGGUGUUGAUAGCUUGGUCAAGGAAGAAACUGGUUUUCUUAAACUAUUGCAGGCAUUAUCAUCUGGGAAAACUGAUGUUUCUGUUACAUUUUCUUGUGAUUUUGUCUCAUCUGGUUCAUUUUCUGAAUCCAGGCUGUAUAGUGCACAUAUAACUUUGUGGGUCGUGCCUGAUCUUCCUCUUGCUCUGGGAUCCACGGUCACCUGGAUACUCCCUCCCCAUUAUACUUCUUCAGCUCUUUUGCCUUUAACGUCAAAUCCUCACAGCAAAAGGGAUUCGUCAAUUCAUCAAGGCACGAUCAGUUACUCUUUGUUGAGAGGUUUUGGUGAGGUUCAAGACGGUGGUGCUAUUUCCAUCGAUGUAGGUACAAUCAGGACGAAGGAAGCUGAUGAUAUCUCUUGUAUUAUGGCGAAAGAUAGGGCUACUGGAAGAAUUGAUGUCGCUUCUUGUGUAAGGGUCGCUGAAUUAGCUCAAAUCAGACUCCUGGCAGAGAAUGCUUUGGUUCUUAAACUCGCUAUCAGUUCGGAACACCAUUUACCUAUCCAAUACUAUGAUGUUCUCGGGAACCAUUUCCACGAGGCUUACAAUGCUGCUCGGUUUGAAGUUGAAACAAAUUAUCCUCAUGUUGUUGCCAUACAGAACUUCCAAGACAUGGACGGAGGAAUCAGCCUUACGGCGAAGGGGCAGGGUAAAGCUCUUGUCCGAGUGUCAUUUUCUGAUAAUCCGCAGAAGUCAGACUACAUGCUAAUAAAUGUUGGUGCUCAUAUUUACCCUCUCAACCCUGUAAUUCGCUUGGGAAGCCAUCUUAACUUCAGCGUAAAGGGUCUUUUUCCUGAUGAAGCUUCUUCAGGUCACUGGUUUACUGCAAACAGCAGCAUAGUGUAUGUUGACAGCUUAUCUGGAAAAGCUGCAGCCAUCUCUGAAGGGUCUACUCAUAUAUAUUAUGAAUGUUCGCAUUUGAAACUGCAUGCUGUUGUUACUGUUACGCCUGGCAAGCUUCUGACCGUUGAUGCUCCAAAUGAGAUACUUACCAAUGCACAUCCUUUUUCUGUUAAAGGAUACCUCUUUCCUGUGAAGGUUGUCGAUGCUUACAAUCGCAGUGGUGAAACGUUUGGCAAAACUGACUUUUUCGACUGUCAGGUGUACCCAUCUUUUGUUGGGGUUGCAAAACCAUGGUUAGAUACCAUCACAGGCAGGCUAUAUUGUUCUUUCGUUCCUCACUCUCCCGAGCAACUGGUGCAGAAAGCUCCUGAAUUUGUUGACUUGAAUCAUGGUGUAUCCAUUUCACUCUCCGCGUCAUCAUUGGAAGACAGGAUUUCAGGUUCAGCAUCUGCAAUCUUUGUGCGCGGUUUUUCUUUUCUGGGGAAGGAUGAACAUUCACGUACCCUGCAGUUAUAUAUGACCCCUGAAUCUUGCAUGCGACGUAUAACCAUCGUGGGCAAUACUGAUGUUAAAAUCACCUGGCGGCACUUGAAAAAAUUGUCUGUUGCUAGAGCAACGCCCUUGAAAGAAUUGAACCAAGGAGGGCAUGCUGUGUAUGAGGUUAAAGCUCGUCCGGGUGCUGCAACAUUUGAAGACACAGUUAUCGUCACUCUUCCAGCCACGGGCCAGAGGUUGAGGGUGGAUGUAAGAUUUGAAGCUAACAGAAGGAAAGUAGACUCUAUUUUACAUAUCCUCAGGUAUGCUUUUGAUUUCUGGUUCGAAACCCCCGUGCGAGCGAUAAUGCUGUGCCUUAAUUUAGCUUUUGCGGCGUGCAUGGCUUCUGUGGCGUGCAUGAAAUGUGUAAGAUUAAGAAGACGAUCAUCUCCUGGCAAUGCUGCUACACCGAUGAGAACACCACCUGCACUGUCAACUCCGACUCUGUUGGUCAGCAGGUUGCGAAGACAGGAUGAAGGAUCUCAAUCGCAAUCUCCUAGUUCACCUGAGCCUUUUGUAGAUUACGUUAGAAGGACAUUAGACGAAACUCCAUAUUACAGGCAAGAUUUCAGGAGAAGAGUCAACCCCCAGAAUACAAUGUAA